AUGUCCUACUACCCAGGCCAAGGAUACCACGGCGGCGGCGGCGGAUACGGUGGCCCUCCCCCGCCCCAGAACUAUGGGCAAGGCUAUCCUCCGCCUCAACAGUACGGACCCCCCCAAGGUCAAUACGGCUAUCCGCCUCCAGCACACUCUCCCCAGCCUCCCUACGGCUAUGGCACUCCGCCGCCUGGCCAGUACGGCGGCUAUCAACAGACGCCUCCGCCGCAGCAAGGAUAUGGCUAUGGCGCGCCCAAUGGAGCCCCGCCCCAGCACCAGCAGUAUAGCCAUCCCACGGUUAACAAGGCCUCUCAGGGUGGUCAUUCGGCGCCUCCUCCUCCCCCACAGCAAGCCCAGGCCUUCGGUCAUGGCGCUCCCUCCGGCUAUUCUUUCCAAUACUCGAACUGCACCGGUCAACGCAAGGCCCUGCUCAUUGGCAUCAACUACUUCGGGCAGAGGGGCCAGCUGCGCGGAUGUAUCAAUGAUGUCAAGAACAUGAGCGCCUACCUCAACCAGCACUUUGGCUACAAGCGCGAAGACAUGGUUCUUCUCACCGACGAUCAACAGAACCCCAUGAGCCAGCCGACCAAGGCGAACAUCCUGAGGGCCAUGCACUGGCUGGUAAAAGAUGCGCGCCCCAACGACUCGCUCUUCUUCCACUACUCAGGUCACGGUGGCCAGACAAAGGAUCUCGAUGGUGAUGAGGAGGAUGGAUACGAUGAAGUCAUUUAUCCUGUUGAUUUCCGCCAAGCCGGCCACAUUGUCGACGACGAAAUGCACCGCAUCAUGGUGCAAUCGCUUCAGCCAGGUGUCCGUCUAACAGCCAUCUUCGACUCUUGCCACUCCGGUUCCGCUCUGGAUCUUCCGUACAUCUACUCCACCUCCGGUGUUCUCAAGGAGCCCAACCUUGCCAAGGAAGCCGGUCAAGGUCUUCUUGGCAUCGUGUCAUCGUACGCGCGCGGAGAUUUGGGUGGCAUGGCAAGCACCGCCAUGGGCUUCCUCAAGAAGGCUACGUCUGGCGAUGAUACGUACAAGAGGAACCUCAGGACGAAGACAAGCCCGGCAGACGUCAUCAUGUGGAGUGGAAGCAAGGAUACCCAGACUUCGUCUGAUGCGACCAUCGGCGGUCAGGCUACUGGUGCCAUGAGCUGGGCCUUCAUCACCUCUCUCAAGAAGAACCCGCAGCAGAGCUAUGUUCAGCUGCUCAACAGCAUUCGUGAUGAGCUGGAAGGCAAAUACUCGCAGAAGCCACAGCUUAGCUGCAGCCAUCCGUUGGACACGAAUUUGCUGUUUGUUAUGUGA